AUGGGACAGAAAAACAAUGUUACAGAGUUUAUCCUCCUGGGCCUCACUCAGGACCCUGUUGGCCAAAAAGCAUUGUUUGUCAUGUUUUUACUCAUCUACAUUAUGACAAUGGUGGGCAACCUGCUCAUUGUGGGAACAGUGAUUGCCAGCCCCUCCUUGGACUCUCCCAUGUACUUCUUUCUUGCCUUUCUGUCACUCACAGAUGCUGUUUAUUCCACUGCCAUCUUGCCCAAGUUGCUUAAAGACUUAGUUUGUGAUAAAAAGACCAUUUCCUUCACAGCUUGUCUAGUUCAGCUUUUUGUGGAGCACUUAUUUGGUGGUGCUGAGGUCUUCAUUUUGGUGAUGAUGGCCUAUGAUCGCUAUGCUGCCAUCUGCAAGCCACUGCACUAUUUGACCAUCAUGAAUCGUCAGGUUUGUAUUCUCUUGCUCUUGGCAUCUUGGGUUGGAGGAUUUGCUCAUGCUCUGCUUCAAGUUAUCUCUGUGUAUAUACUUCCUUUCUGUGGACCCAAUGUCAUUGACCACUUUGCCUGUGACAUGUACCCAUUAUUGGGACUUGCAUGCACAGACACAUACUUUCUAGGCCUCACUGUAGUUGCCAAUAACGGAGCAAUGUCUGUAGUGGUCUUCAUCCUUCUCCUUGUCUCCUAUGGAAUCAUUUUAAACUCUCUUAAGUCUCACAGUCAGGAAGGGAGACACAAAGCUCUGUCCACCUGCAGCUCACACAUCAUGGUGGUUGUCCUCUUCUUUGUUCCUUGCAUUUUUAUGUAUGUUAGACCUGUCUCUAAUUUUCCUAUUGAUAAAUUUAUUACUGUAUUUUAUACAAUUUUCACUCCUAUGUUGAAUCCUUUAAUAUAUACCCUGAGAAACCUUGAGAUUAAAACUUGUAUGGCAAAGCUGUGGAAUAAAAUGUUCACUACAAGCACAAAAUGA